AUGUCUAACGCAGAAGUAAUAUGGUUUGAUCGGUCUUCUGCCACUAAACCUCACAAAAACAAUGUCGACAUCCGAAUCAUUGUCAAGGACCUUGGGGAGGUUCCCCCGACGGAUCCAGCUUCAAAGGACCCAACUUCAACAGGCCCGGCUUCAAAUGACCCUGCUGAAAAGGAUUUCAGCAAGAAAGGGCUAGCUACUCUUAAGAUUUCUCCCACUCGUUUGUACUUUGAGGGCUACUCGACCACGAAUAAGGCUCUCUAUAAAUUGGACCUGGAGCUCUUCCGUGAAGUUGAACCCGAAAAUACCGAGAUCAAACUAUUCGAGGAUAAAUGCUCCGAGAUUCACCUCAUCUUGAGAAAAAAAGAUCUCAGUGAGGUGCACUGGCCAAGAUUGCUUGCAACAGAAGCCAAAAGUCGUCAUGUGAAACCGGACGUGGGUAAACAUGUUGAACAAAUUUUAAGAGAAGACGCGGAGAAGGAUGAAGAGCAAUACCCUGUAGAUGACAGCCUUAAAUUUGAAUCAUUUAUGGAAAGAAGCUCAGACAUGCUAAACGCCCAAGGCGCGGAAAUAGGAGGCGCGGGGACUCAGAAGGAGGAUGAAAAAGAAGAAGAAACAGGAAUGCCGGAGUUAGAAGGCGAAGGAGAAGAGGAUGAAGUGGAGGCGUUGCCUUCUACUGGCAACCCAAAAAUUGAAGAGAUCCCUUAG